AUGCACGACAAAGCAGAGCAGUCCGAAGAGGACUUGAACUUCAUGAACUUGCCGCCAUUCCCUGACGAUGUGCCCACAGCGCCACUUCUCCGAAUAAGUCUGCGCAAACUCACUGAAGGCGACCAAGAGGAAACUAAACAGCUAUGGAAAGCUUGCUGCGAGCUUGGCUUCUUCUAUCUCGACCUUCGUAGUGUCUCGGACAAUGAUGAAAACCGCCCAACGUCUCCUGCAGUGGGAGGCUCCACCGAGAACGUCUGGCAAGAGAGUGUCAGAGCCGAUUCGGCCAACGGACAUGAUGAGUAUAGUGCUCAAGCCAAAGAUGACAACUUUGGAGACCUCAAUGUUAACAUCGACGGCGAACAAUUGCUCCAAGAUGCCGAGAAUCUGUUCAGAGUCGGCAAAAGUGUAUUUGACCUGCCUGUCGAAGAAAAGGUCAAGUACGAUCUGAAGGACCAAGGAAGCUACUUUGGCUAUAAGGGAUAUGGCCAAGGUGUCAUCGAUGCUGAAGGGACGAAAGAUAGAAAUGAGUUCUAUAAUGCAAGAAACACCUUGACCUUCAGAGCAACAGUCGCUGAUACCUUUUCCAGGNUUUCGAAGGACGACAUCCUAGGACUCUCCGAGCCCCUGCCGGCACCUGAGCUUCUGAAUCCACAUCGAGACUUGCUCAGGUCUUUCAUGCAACAAUCUCACGCUCUUGUGAACUUACUGUUGGAUCUGUUGAACCAUCAACUAGGUCUUCCACACGACAAACUGUCGUCUUUGCACAGACUGGCAUCAGCCUCUGGCGAUCAAGUUCGCUGGGUACAUGCACCACCUCAGCCGAUGGACGACCGGAAAAUAUCACUAGGCCAGCAUACUGAUUUUGGAAGCGUCACAAUCCUGUUCAAUCGACUAGGAGGACUGCAGGUCUUGCCGCCAAAUUCAGAUGAGUGGUGUUACGUCAAACCACUAAGGGGGCAUGCCGUCAUCAACUUGGGCGAUGCUAUGGUCAAAUUCAGUGCCGGCAUCUUGCGGUCAAACAUCCAUCGCGUCAUCAACCCUCCAGGUCAGCAAGCUGACCAUACACGGAUGAGCUUGGUGUAUUUCGCCAGACCAGCAGAUGAUGUGAUACUGAAAGCGUUGAACGGAAGCACCUUAAUCGACGAGAGGAGGCGACAGAACCCAGAUGAGCUCGACGAACAAGAGAUCACGAGCAAAGAGUGGAUACUGCGCAGAGCAUUGGGUCGACGACAAGGAGGGGAUUGGACAAAAGCUGGAGGAACAGAGAAUGGACGCGUUUGA